UACAGUUGCACAGCGAUCCUCCCGGUGCGGCUGUGGACCGAGACUGAAAAUGAAGAGGUAGCCGUUUACGAGCAAUGGCCAGGCUGCCUUCACGUACAGCUGGGUGACUCCCCGCGGUGUCCUGGAGUUGCUAUGAAGGCGGGGGCCUCGUCCAUGUGGGCAUCAUGCUGUGGUCUGCUGAAUGAGGUGAUGGGUACCGGGGCCGUGAGAGGGCAGCAGCCAGGUUUUGGGGCAGGUGCGGGGCCGUUUCGUUUCGCUCCCACUGCAGGAUACUCCACAUACCCAACCGCCAACGCCAGCAACACCAGUCUGGUGUGUCAAGCCUGUCGGCAAGCCUUCUCUGUCUUUAGGAGGAGGCACAUCUGUUCUGACUGUAAGAAGAGCUUUUGUUCGCUGUGCUCGGUACUUCAGGAAAACCUGCGCAGAUGCACGACCUGUCACCUGCUGAAGGGCACUGCAUUCCAGCGUCCCCAGCUCAUGCGUCUGCGUGUUAAAGACUUGCGGCAGUACCUCACGUUACGCAACAUUAACACUGAUACCUGCAGGGAGAAGGAGGAUCUUGUGGACUUGGUGCUUUGCCAUCAAGGGGCAGAGAGCGAGGACGAUCCAGACACACCCUCUCUGCAGUCCCGCCCCCUCUAUAGCCCACCGCCUUCAAUUGAAGAGCCCACUUCCCCUCUCUCAGCGCUCUCUCCAACUCAAGGAGAGCCAAUCAGUAGGAGCAACAGCUCAGAGUCCACCAAUCAGGACAUCGAGGACUCCACUUCAGUGUCACUCCUUAACCUCGACCAGACAGAACACACGCCUGAGGUCAGUCCUCAGACGCGGCGGCGGGCUAGAGCUUCUCUGUCAGACCUGUCGUCUCUUGAUGAUGUGGAGCAGCUGACCGUACGGCAGCUGAAGGAGAUCCUGGCGAGGAACUUCGUGAGCUUCUCGGGCUGCUGUGAGAAGUGGGAGCUGGUGGAGCGCGUCAGGAGGCUUUACCGGGAGAGCGAGGACAAUCGCAAAUCUAUGGAAAAUGUGAGCAACCCCAUUACUGCAGUGGUAGCUUAUCCCCCUCCAAUCUGCAAUGGUGGAAUCGGAGAUGGUUGCAAAACCCAGUUAGCAAAUGACGACAACCUGUGUCGCAUCUGUAUGGACGCAAUAAUAGACUGCGUGCUGCUGGAGUGCGGUCACAUGGUCACCUGCACUAAGUGCGGGAAGCGCAUGAGUGAAUGUCCUAUCUGCAGACAGUACGUUAUCAGGGCUGUGCAUGUUUUCAAGUCUUAAUGCUGCUGGGAGAACAUCCCGCUCCACCCGUGGACCAUUUGGAGACUGGAUGAGGACGUGUGCCCUGUCUUUACAUCGGAACAGUGAGAAAGAUACAAUUCUCUGCUUAAUUUUUCAUGAAGUUUCGGGAAGCCUUCAGACAGCGGUCCGCAGCGGCUUUGUCAAUAAAUGCUUCAAUAAAAACAUUCCACAAGCUCUUUCAAAGAGGCUCUGUAAUAAUAUGCAAUUGUUCAGCAGCAGCACCUCACAGCCUUGACUCGAUGUCCUACAGCUUUGAAAGCAUCCUGCUCACCUGUCACACGCGAGCACUGUGAGAGACUCACCAAAUGAGAAUCACUCAAGUGUGUUCAUCAUCAUGCGCCAUAACUCAGGAUGAAGGAUCCGAAUGUCCCCGUUCUUCUUCUUCUAUGUUCGUUGCAACAUCUGUGAAUGGGCUUUUGUUUUGCGUAGCCGAACAAAGUUUUAGAGUUCCUAAAAGUUACGUUGUACCUCCUUGUAACUUGACACUGGUAUGAUAUUGUCAGUGAUUUAAUGAGUGGCAUAAUGAAGGUUUUGUGGUAUGCAACAGGUCAUUAUUCAGUUCUGUUUUUAUUUUUUAUCACGCAACUUUUUCGUUCUUUUUCAAAUGUCUUGUUUGCUAAGUUUCUCAGUCACCGCUGUACUUUUGGGUCACGCGACCUUGAGUGUGUGUGAAGUCGGUGAGAAACGGGAAGGGAUAGAACUGUUUUGUAAAGUGAGACCGUAAACGGGCACAGUGUAACUGUUAAUGAACAGAAUUCGGAAAUGUGCAUUUUAUGUAUGUGCAAAGUAACAGUAACUUAAUCAAAAUGCACAGUGUAAAACAAAGACUUAUUUUAGGUGCCAAACAAUCUUCAGUGCAGUUACUGUUGCUUUUCUGUUAUUGAUAGUACGUCUAAAAACCUUAAGAAAAAUUAAGUGAAAAUAAGGACACCAUGAGAGAGGUGCCCUAUACAAAUCAUAUACCCAUAUUUUGUAGCCAUUGCUCACUUGUGUGAUAAAACCUUAUUAAACAUUGCAUUAUGGCACAUUGCAUAGCGCUGACGAGCAUCAGCUGCACAAAUGAAUGCUUCACUCAGACACCAUAGCAAUACCAGCCUCUUUUCGUGUGGCAUUUUAGAUUAUAAGGCAUUCAUGUAAUGUUACGGUGUGUAUUCAGAUUCGUUACGUUUACGACAUAUCUUUUUUUUUUUCCCCCCCGAGUAUACGCCUAUUCAGAUGUUUAUUUUUCUUAACCCAAAGUAAUUUUUCAUUUGGUCAGUUGCUCUGUUAAUUUAAUAUAGAAUUAACAAACAAGAUGUACGUUCUUAGUUACCCUUGUGAUACUUAAAUAAAAGUGCUAAGAAAUAUUUGUA